AUGCAAUUGUUAUGCUAUUUUCAGUGUGAAGAUAUUCCAUCAAACAAUCUAACAAAUGGUGCUGUCACUGUAGCGGAAAGAAAUGUUGGAUCAACGGCAAAUUUUACCUGUGACGCAGGAAUUUUCCUGGUUGGAAGAAAAUCUAUAACGUGCACAACAUCAGGCUGGAAUGGGGAUAUUCCACAAUGUAUAAAAAUAGUUUGUCCUGAGACGGUAGCCUUCUUUCGAGGUUCAAAGUACAUAUUCAAAUGUAAACCAGCAAAUUGGUUUGAUUAUGAGGCUUACUGCAAUGCCAGUGGUGGACAAUUGACCAGUAUUGAAACCGGUGACGAAAACACAUUUAUAGUAGAUGUAAUUGCAUUGAUAAUGAAUAUACAGAAAUUAAGUGGAUUUUUCUGGAUUGGCCUUACAGACAAUAACGAUGAAAUGUAAUAUAAAUGGUUGUCUUGUGAACCACUUCAAUACAACAACUGGUACCAAGGACAACCACAGCAACCAGAUCAUUUAAAUUAUCUGGGUGAAACAGGUGCACACUGUGGUUUGAUACAUAGCUUCUUUUCUUUAAACUGGGGUGACGAACGAUGUAGUCAACACGUAUAUUCCGUUUGUGAAAUUCGAUUGCCAUAAUAUAUGUCAGUUUGAGAGAACCAUAUGCAUUAUCUGAGGACGACAUGCUAUUUGCCAAUUUGGGAGUUAAAUAUGAAUUAUCUGAGGACGAUAUGUUAUUUGCAUUUGUAAUAAAAUAUUGAGAC